AUGGCUGAACAGGGUCCGGCUGUCGUCGUUGUGUCAGCCGUCCCAUGCCGCAUGGUGCGGAGCAAAGGAGGAGACGACCUCGACUUUUCAAAGAUGAAUUCAAAAGGUGGUGUGCAGGAGCACCAACACAGCUACAAAACGGAAGACAUCGCCAUGGCGUCGCCAAUGUCGUACGGGGAGCGGGCGCGUGAAGAAGGCGUCGACGAGGAAGGGGACGUGUACAAGUCGACGUACGACGACGCGCAGGCGAUGCGGCGCAUGGGCCGGCGGCAGGAGCUCGUACGGCACUACCGCGUCUUCUCCAUGGUGUCCUUUGUCGGCAUGGCCACGGCCGCGUGGGAGGUGACGCUGUACCAGAUCACGCCGGCGCUGCGGGACGGCGGCCUCCCGGCGCUCGUCUACUCCAACAUCUGGAUCUUUUGCGCCUUUGUCCCCGUGGCGCUCAGCCUGGCCGAGAUGUCGAGCAUGGCGCCCAUUGCCGGCGCGCAGUACCACUGGGUCUCGGAGUUUGCGCCGGAACGCUACCAAAAGUUCCUGAGCUAUCUGACAGGCUGGACAUCGACCCUCGCGCUCCAAGCCGGCAACGCGUCGGGCCUGUUCCUCAUCGGCACGCUGGUGCAGGCCAUUAUCCAGAUCCACCAGCCCGGGUACCAGUUCGAGAACUGGCACGGCACGCUCCUCGCCGUGGGCGUGUGCGCGCUCGCCGUCGUGGCCAACGUGCACGGCUCGCGGGUGCUGCCGUACUGGCAGAACCCCGUCUUCGCCAUCAACAUCCUCGCCUACUUUGCCUUUCUCGUGCCCGUGUGGUGCAACGCGCCGCGGACCACCUCGGAGCACGUGUGGACGCGCUGGGAGAACGCGGGCGGCUGGCCGAGCCUGACCAUUGCCGUGCUCGUCGGGCAGCUGCCGGCCAUCACGUCGCAGACGGGCAUCGACGCCGCGGUGCACAUGGCCGAGGAGGUGCGCAACGCGUCGUCGUCGGUGCCGCGGGUGGUGCUGAGCGUGUUUGGUAUCAACUUCUUCCUCAACAUUGCGACCGUGGUGACGCUCUGCUACCACAUGCCCGACGUCUCGGUCGCGCUCGCCGAGCCGACCAUGUACCCGGCCAUCUGGGUGCUCCGGCAGUCCAUGUCGGAUACCUGGCUCACCGUCCUGCUCGUCGUCCAGUGCAUCUUCCUGCUCUUUUCCAACUUUUCCUACCUGGCGGCCGUGAGCCGCGACUUGUUCGCCUUUGCGCGCGACAAGGGCCUGCCGUGCUCGGCGUGGCUCGCCAAGGUGGACAAGGAGCGCAAGAUCCCCGUCAAUGCCUACUACCUGACGGGCAUCUUUGCCGCGCUCCUCAGCCUCCUCUACCUGGGCAGCCCGGUCGCGCUCUACGCCAUUGGCUCGCUGCUCGCCUGCGCCAUCAUGCAGUGCUACUGCUUCUCCAUCAGCUGCGUGCUCUGGCGCCGCAUAUACCACCCGGAGACGCUCCCGCACGCUCCCUUUUCCCUCGGAAGGCUCGGCGUGCCCAUCAAUGUCGUCGCCGUCUUGGUCGUGGUAUGGAGCUUCUUCUGGGCGUUUUGGCCGCAGGAAUAUCCGGUCACGCCGAGCGGCUUCAACUGGUCCGUGGCCAUCUUUGUGCCGACCGUUGCGGUGGCCCUGGUCUACUACGUCGUAAAGGGCCGCUACGAGUACGAGGGGCCUGUUGUGCUGGUUGAAGGCAGAAAAAAGCACCUCGCGUGA